AUGGAAGAUCUCUCUUCUUCUUCUUCCCUCACGUUCUUCUAUGAUCAGCAACUUAGUUAUGCCGAUAUACUUCCUCCUGCCGAGGUUAGGGCGAGGAUUGAAGUGGCCGUACUCAAUUUCCUGAAGAUAUUGAGUUCUCCGACUUCUUCAAUCUCAGAUCUUCCUCUGAUAAGUCGGAGAUCAAGCAAUAGCCGAGUGAGUCGCCCUUUGUUGACUGGCGAUACCUCGUGGAUUUUCCUCUCGGAUUCUUUAUGCACCAGGUCUUUGAUGAGGGAGAAUGCUGCUAAGUCCUUCAUCAGAGUCUGGAAGAUGAUGGAGACGUGUUAUCAAAUAUUGAUUCUCGAGAAGAGAGUCACUCAGAGAGAACUGUUUUACAAGCUGAUUAGCAAUUCUCCUCAAUACUUCCCAUCUCAGUUGGAAGUUAACAGGACUAUUCAAGAUUUGGUGUCAUUGCUCCAAUGUAGCCGUUACAGUCUUGGAAUCAUGGCAUCUUCCAGAGGGGCAGUUUCUGGGCGUCUAUCUCUGCAGGAGCCAAAUCAAGAGGUUGUGGAAUGUGCUGCAUGUGGAUCAUCAGGUUAUGCUAUUACAGGAGACUUGGCUUUGUUAGAGAAAUUGGUUGCAAAAACCGAUGCUCGCUACAUCAUUGUGGUGGAGAAGCACGCCAUAUUCCAGAGGCUAGUUGAAGACUGUGUUUUUAAUCAGAUACCAAGCAUCCUCAUCACAGGCAAAGGCUACCCAGACAUUGCUACAAGAUUCUUCCUGCACCGUUUGAGCCGUGCUUAUCCAGAGUUGCCUAUUCUUGGCCUGGUUGACUGGAAUCCAGCAGGACUGGCAGUUUUAUGUACAUUCAAAUAUGGAAGCAUUGGAAUGGGACUGGAGGCAUAUAAAUAUGCUUGCAAUGUUAAAUGGCUAGGAAUUCGAAGAGAUGAUUUGGAACUCAUACCGGAACAAUCUUUCAUUCCUUUCAAACCACGGGACCUUCAAAUAGCGAAAAGCUUGUUGUCCUUGGGGAUUUUACAGUUAACUAAUUGUAGGAGAAGUAUAGAGAAGAAGUUGAAAUGAUGGUUGAGAGGGGUCAAAGAGCAGAGAUUGAAGCUCUCUAUUUCCAUGGAUUUGAUUUCUUGGGUAAGUACUUGGCAAAGAAAAUUGUUCAAGCAAGCUACAUAUGAUAUA